AUGCCGUUCCUCAAGUGCCUGCGGCCCCUCCCAUCGCGCCCUCCGCCUUGUAGCAGGUCGGUCAGCUCCGACGAGCAGGUGCUCGGAGGGGACUCCAGAUCAGCAAACGGCGACAAGUCCAAGAUGAAGUCGUACUGGUCGGCAGGCGGCAAGUCAGCUCAGAUGCUGUCGGUGAGCCGCCUUCUGAUGCACGCGCCGGACGGGGACGACAACUUUACCUCUGUGGACCUGGACUUCCACGCUGAGCAGUGGAGCCGUCCGUACGAGUCGGCGCCGUCGUGGGCCUCAGCAGUGGGGCGCUCCCGUUCCAAGAGGAGGCCUAUCGUCAAGACGGGCAAGUUCAAGAAAAUGUUCGGCUGGGGCGACUUCCACUCCAACAUCAAGACUGUCAAGCUCAACCUGCUCAUCACCGGCAAGAUUGUGGAUCAUGGCAACGGUACCUUCAGCGUCUACUUCCGCCACAACUCCACCGGUCAGGGCAAUGUAUCGGUGGGACUGGUUCCUCCCACCAAGGCGGUGGAAUUCCAGGUCCACCAGCACGAGCUGCGCCUCCAUCCGCAGCAGCAGACGGCUUUGGAAAGCAAGGAGAGCAAGCUCUUCAACUGCCGCGUGGAAUACGAGAAGGUGGAACGCGGCACCCGCAACUCGCUUUGCGCCCACGACCCGUCACAGAGUUGCCCUCAGGACCAGACCCAGAGUCACGUCUCUUGGCUGUGCUCCAAACCCUUCAAGGUCAUCUGCAUCUUCAUCACCUUCCACAGCACCGACUAUAAGCUGGUGCAGAAGGUGUGUCCCGACUACAACUACCACAGUGACACGCCGUACACGCCCACCGGUUGA